GCACGCCGUAUGUUUCCAAGGCAACGUCGAUGCGGCCAUUGUUGAUGGCUGACUGGUUUUGGAAGAGUCAAAGCUCACGACGCUCUUCAACUUCUCUUCCUUCUCUCGUCCAGCUCCAAAAAACAAUACGUGGGUACAUGAUGACUUUGGAGUUUUCUUCUUUCCUUCUUUUUGUUUGAGUCGUCUCAGUUGAGCGCUAAAAUGGCGCCGAAGCUACAUUUCGCCUCCUGCUAGCGUUACCCUUUUACUUUUAAAAAGUCUGACGUCAUAGCGGCCAGGAGACUCAUGUGUUUUGACAAUAACUUUGCCAUAAGGACGAAGAAGAAAAGAGUGACGUCAUCCAACAAGACGGGAAAUAAAAGCAAAAGGCUGUUUGGUCUUCAUCUUCAACAGAAUCUCUUCUUCAAUAAACUCUGACACCAGGCAAACUUAACAUGUGACCUUCAAGUUGGUCGAGAAUGACCCUUGUUCCUGUUUUGGGUUUGGCGGUCCCCUUGCCUGCCAUCAUUAUGGCUGGCGUCACUCUCUACAUGCUGGUGCUGGCCCUCGUCCUCUGGAUACGAUUCUGCCUCAAGGAGCGCUGUCCGCCAUUGUGCGGCUCUUGCUGUCCCGACUUCUCCGUGUGGGAUCAGUGCUUCCGACUGGCGCAGUCGUGCGACUGUCGACUGCCUACGCUGCGCUCGUGUCUGAUGGACGCCGGAUCGCCCCCCUCGGUGAGAGACGGCGCAAAACACCACACCUUGCAGGGUUGUGGAUUUAUCCUCACAAAGGUGAGUGAGGAUGGUGGCUGGUGUUUGUGUUUGCAGUGUUCCAGCUGGGACUGCGCAUGCACGUGUCAGCCCCCCGAGUGCGAGUCGUGCAACUGUCUGUGCUUCGAGAUCCGUAUCAAGUAGUGCGCAGCAAGAACAUCAUUCAACACAAAUGCUACGUAUUAAACAACUUUUACAAUUCUACGCUGCCAAGGACAUUUUAGCUGAAAUGGACUGAACGGGAGACGUGCCAUCUUUGUUAAGAUUUGGAAGGAUUUUUCUGAGCUCAAGAAAUUGGUUUCACAAUAGUGCCAAUGACAUUGUUUCCUUUGACCCUUUGAGCACAUUUGUCUGAGUUCAAGUCACCAAAAAAUAUUUUAUUUUUUUACCUUUGACAUUAAACGCUGAAAUGUUGAAA